ACACGCCGGCCAACGGUGUCAUUCGCAGGUGAACAUCCGCCGCAGAAAGUUGAGCAAGAAACGAGAUCCGAGACGCAACGAUGGUUGUUACGAAAGGAGCGACGGGUUGGCAGAAGUUGGCCGUUACCGUGUGGUGUGCGGCGGUGGUGGUGUGCUGUGUCGUGGCUGGCCCACUUCCGGCGGAAUACCCGAAGGAUCAUUCCGAGUCCUCCGACUCUUCGUCCGAGGAGAAAGAUCAAGGCUACCCGCUCAACUCGCUGUACAGCCCGCUCGAGUACGGUGCGACGGUGGAGAGUGACGAGGCGACACUCAUCGGUGGCAACAGCACCCAGAACACUACCAAGGAGUUGUACGUGAUCAAAGCGGUGGUGUACGAAAUUGGAAUUCUGGCCGACGUGCCCGAGAACGAAACGCUCGAAGGAGAUGAACCAAUCACCCACCAGCAGGUCGAUCUGUCCUUCUUCAGCCACGGCGGUAACGAUACGCACCUCGACUUGGGCGACAUUCCCGUGCCCAUCCAGACGAGCGUGCAGGGGCAGGUGUUUACCGGUAUCGCCCCGGUGCAUGUCGGCACCGUGCCGACCAAGCUGAGCGAUCUGCUGUCCGCCCUGCCGAUCGCCGGCACGGUGGUGAACAUUUCGCAAACCAACAGCUCGUACGUGGAGGUGCACAAGCACAACAUUAGCGAUGCGGCCGUCCUGCUCCAGGGCCAGAACGAUCUGAGCAGCUUACCGUUUGGCAGCUCCGUGAGCGAACCGCUGGUGCCGGCGAGCGUGGACGAGACGGUUGUUGGACUGACGAACAAGGCGAAAACGCCGGAAGCGGAGAACCAUUGAGAGUAAAAGGGACAGAAAGGGCAGAUGUGUGUUUAGCAUAAGAUGUACCUACUAUUUUGUGUAAAAUAUAUUGCUGUUUUUAAAGUUUUUAAA